AUUGGGUGGGGGGUGUCGUUUGAGCUUUGAAUUGGUGGUCGACUUGGGUGGUGACAGAAGGGAAAGAUGACGAUCCUCUCAAUGGCGGGGAGCUCGGGGACGCUGGACCUCUUGCCGAAGAGGAAAAUGUCGUACUUUAGCAAUCGGUAUGUGGUUGGGCUCACGGUGACUGCUGGAAUUGGAGGAUUGCUCUUUGGUUAUGACACAGGUGUCAUAUCUGGCGCACUUCUGUACAUCCGUGAUGAUUUUAAGGUGGUCCGUGAAAACAGGUUUUUACAGGAAACAAUUGCAAGCAUGGCAUUAGUAGGAGCUAUGAUUGGAGCUUCUGGGGGUGGGUGGGUAAAUGAUGCAUACGGACGCAAGAGGGCUACUCUUCUUGCUGAUGUGGUCUUCACCAUCGGAUCACUUGUUAUGUGUGCUGCUCCAGACCCGUAUGUCCUCAUAUUUGGAAGGCUCCUUGUUGGUUUGGGUGCUGGCGUAGCAUCUGUCACUGCUCCAGUUUAUAUUGCUGAAGCAUCUCCCACAGAGAUUAGAGGAGGUCUUGUGGGCACGAAUGUACUCAUGAUCACUGGCGGACAGGUUCUCUCGUACCUUGUAAAUCUCGCUUUUACAGAGGUUCCUGGGACUUGGCGCUGGAUGCUUGGAGUUGCUGCAGUGCCAGCCAUUAUUCAGUUCUUUCUAAUGCUAUUACUUCCUGAAUCACCACACUGGCUUUAUCUGAAGAAUGAUAAAGCUAAAGCUAUUGCUGUGCUUGCAAAAAUCUAUGACCGUGACCGUUUAGAGGAGGAGAUUGAUAUGCUUGCUGCUGCUUCUGAUGAUGUUCAGCCUGAGAAGUCUGUCAGUUACUUUGAUGUUUUCAGAGUCAAGGAAAUGAGACUUGCAUUUUUUGCAGGAGCUGGCCUUCAGGCUUUCCAACAGUUCACUGGGAUCAACACAGUUAUGUACUGCAGCCCCACCAUUGUAAAGAUGGCUGGUUUCUCUUCCAACCAACUUGCACUGCUCCUCUCCCUUAUUGUUGCAGCUAUGAAUGCUGCUGGGACCAUUGUUGGAAUCUAUCUCAUUGACCGUUGCGGCAGACGCCUUUUGGCUCUCACCAGCUUGUCAGGUGUCAUCAUCUCCCUUCUCAUGCUCUCCGGGGCAUUCUUUCUGCAGUCCACCGGUCUCUGUGGUGUGCACACGCUCCAUGGCAACUGCGGGACCAGGCUCGGGCGGUUUGCAGUUGUAGGCCUGGCUCUAUACAUUGCCUUCUUCUCCCCAGGCAUGGGCCCUGUACCAUGGGCGGUGAACUCAGAGAUCUAUCCGGAGGCCUAUCGUGGUGUGUGUGGGGGAAUGUCGGCCACUGUAAAUUGGAUGUCCAACCUGAUUGUGUCGCAGACAUUCCUCACGGUUGUGUCUGCUGUUGGGACUGCAGGAACCUUUUUGAUCAUUGCUGGAGUUGCAGUGGUGGCAUUCGUCUUUGUGGCACUCUUUGUGCCGGAGACUAAGGGCUUGACCUUCGAGCAGGUGGAGAGGUUAUGGAGGGAGAGGGCAUGGGGUAGUGAUGGUGGUCGGCAAAGCCUCCUCGCAGCUGGGGCUUGACUUCUGCAGGAACUCUUUCUCCUGUACAUGCACUAUCUUUGCCUUUUAUAAGGAUAGUGCUCUCUGUGCAUGGAGAUCUGGUUAAAUCUAAAGAACAAAGAAGACAAAGCAUCCUCACUUGUAGAGUUGAAAGCCUAUUUUAUUGUUCCUUGCUAUGCUGCCAGCCAUUGAGUCCACCUCAUUAUCUCGAGAUAUCUGUAUUAGUUAUGUCUGCUUUAAAAAAAAAAAAAUCAUCUGUAUGUACUUAUAUAUAUAGGCUCCUUAUAUUUCUUAUGCUAAUGGUGGGAAUAGAAUGUCCCGGAUUUGUGCAUCAGUCAGCAAGCAA